GGAAGGACUCACAUGAGGCAACCGGCUGCUACACCAGCAAUGGGAACGGUCAAGACCCAUCCAAGUACGAUCCAUCCCAAUCCCUUCCAGUUGAACGCGCGGACUAUCAAAAGUCGUCAAUACCAACCCUAAAUGUACCAAAGACGAGAAUACGUACGAUCGCCAUUGCACAAGCCAACACCCAGAGUGGCACCGGUGAUGCACAUGGUAGUCGAGACAGGAAUACCAUACUGAGAAGCGAGAAUGACAGUAAUAGCCGAUCCCAAUUCCAUAGAAUAUCCACGAGAAGGCGACUGGAGGGUAAGUCGGUUGCCCAACACACGCAUGAUAUUAUAGCCAUCUAA